AUGAGGAGGCGGAGGUCGGCGUUCGGGUCCGUCUCUGCCCGCGGCUGUGGCGGCGCCGGCGGCUCCAGCCUUAGCGGUUCCUCCCUGGGCGGCGGCGGCGGCGGCUCCGUCGACGCCUCCUCCGCCAGCUGAGUCCGCGGGAGCCCGGGUCGCCGCUUCCCCGUCCAUCUCCUCUCCCCGAGGCCCGCCGCCUGGCCAUGGCGCAGCCGGGCCCGGCUUCUCAGCCUGACGUUUCUCUUCAGCAACGGGUAGCAGAAUUGGAAAAAAUUAAUGCAGAAUUUUUACGUGCACAGCAGCAGCUUGAGCAAGAAUUUAAUCAAAAGAGAGCAAAAUUUAAAGAGUUGUAUUUGGCUAAAGAGGAGGAUCUGAAGAGGCAAAGUGCAGUGUUACAAGCUGCACAGGAUGAUUUGGGACACCUUCGAACACAGCUCUGGGAAGCCCAGGCAGAGAUGGAGAAUAUUAAGGCCAUUGCCACAGUCUCUGAGAAUACCAAGCAAGAAGCUAUAGAUGAAGUGAAAAGACAAUGGAGAGAAGAAGUUGCUUCACUUCAGGCUGUUAUGAAAGAAACAGUUCGUGACUAUGAGCACCAGUUCCACCUUAGGCUGGAGCAGGAGCGAACACAGUGGGCACAGUAUCGAGAAUCCGCAGAGAGGGAAAUAGCUGAUUUGAGGAGAAGGCUGUCUGAAGGUCAAGAGGAGGAAAAUUUAGAAAAUGAAAUGAAAAAGGCCCAAGAGGAUGCUGAAAAACUUCGGUCUGUUGUGAUGCCCAUGGAGAAGGAAAUUGCAGCUUUAAAAGAUAAACUGACAGAAGCUGAAGACAAGAUUAAAGAGUUGGAGGCCUCAAAGGUUAAAGAACUGAAUCAUUAUCUGGAAGCUGAGAAAUCUUGUAGGACUGACCUAGAGAUGUACGUAGCUGUUUUGAAUACUCAAAAAUCCGUUCUACAGGAAGAUGCUGAGAAACUGCGGAAAGAAUUGCAUGAAGUUUGCCACCUCUUGGAGCAAGAGCGACAACAACACAACCAGUUAAAACACACGUGGCAGAAGGCCAAUGACCAGUUUCUGGAAUCGCAGCGUUUGCUGAUGAGGGACAUGCAGCGAAUGGAGAUUGUGCUAACUUCAGAACAGCUCCGACAAGUGGAAGAACUGAAAAAAAAAGAUCAGGAGGAAGAUGAACAACAAAGACUUAAUAAGAGAAAGGAUCACAAAAGAGCAGAUAUUGAAGAAGAAGUAAAAAUACCAGUCGUGUGUGCUUUAACUCAUGAAGAAUCUUCAGCCCAGUUAUCAAAUGAAGAGGAGCAUCUAGAUAGCACCCACGGUUCAGUCCAUUCUUUAGAUGCAGAUUUACUGUUGCCCUCUGGAGAUCCAUUCAGUAAAUCGGACAGUGACAUGUUUAAAGAUGGACUCAGGAGAGCACAGUCUACAGACAGCUUGGGAACCUCAGGCUCACUGCAAUCCAAAGCUUUAGGCUAUAACUACAAAGCAAAAUCUGCUGGAAACUUGGACGAAUCAGAUUUUGGACCGUUGGUCGGAGCAGAUUCGGUGUCUGAGAACUUUGAUACUGCCUCCCUCGGGUCACUGCAAAUGCCAAGUGGAUUUCUUUUAACCAAAGAUCAGGAAAAAGCAAUCAAGGCAAUGACACCAGAACAAGAAGAGACGGCGUCGCUCCUCUCCAGUGUCACCCAGGGUGUGGAAAGUGCUUACGUGUCCCCCAGUGGUUACCGCUUAGUCAGUGAGACAGAGUGGAAUCUCCUGCAGAAAGAGGUACAUAAUGCUGGAAAUAAACUUGGUAGACGUUGUGAUAUGUGUUCCAAUUAUGAAAAACAGUUACAAGGAAUUCAGAUUCAGGAGGCUGAAACAAGAGACCAGGUGAAAAAACUACAGGUGAUGCUAAGGCAAGCAAAUGACCAGUUAGAGAAGACAAUGAAAGAUAAACAGGAACUAGAAGACUUCAUAAAGCAGAGCACUGAAGAUUCAAGUCAUCAGAUUUCUGCACUUGUCCUAAGAGCCCAAGCAUCUGAGAUCUUACUUGAAGAGUUACAGCAGGGGUUUUCCCAAGCAAAGAGGGAUGUUCAGGAACAGAUGGCAGUGCUGAUGCAGUCACGGGAACAGGUUUCAGAAGAGCUGGUGAGGUUACAGAAAGAUAAUGACAGUCUUCAGGGAAAGCAUAGCUUGCAUAUGUCAUUACAGCAAGCAGAAGACUUCAUUCUCCCGGAUACUAUAGAGGCACUCCGGGAGUUGGUACUGAAAUACCGGGAGAACAUCAUUAAUGUGCGGACAGCAGCAGACCACAUGGAAGAGAAGCUGAAGGCCGAGAUCCUUUUCCUAAAAGAGCAGAUUCAAGCAGAACAAUGCUUAAAGGAAAACCUUGAAGAAACCCUGCAGCUGGAAAUAGAAAACUGCAAGGAAGAGAUAGCUUCCAUUUCUAGCUUAAAAGCUGAAUUGGAAAGAAUAAAAGUAGAAAAGGGACAGUUGGAAUCCACAUUAAGAGAGAAGUCUCAACAGCUUGAGAGCCUUCAGGAAAUGAAAAUCACUUUGGAAGAACAGUUAAAGAAAGAGACUGCUGCUAAGGUUACCAUUGAACAACUAAUGUUUGAAGAGAAGAACAAAGCUCAGAGGUUGCAGACAGAACUAGAUGUCAGUGAACAAGUCCAGAGAGAUUUUGUAAAGCUUUCUCAGACCCUUCAGGUGCAGUUAGAGCGGAUCCGGCAAGCAGACUCGUUGGAGAGAGUCCGGGCAAUUCUGAAUGACACCAAACUGACAGACAUUAACCAGCUCCCUGAGACAUGACGCCUCAUAGCAGGACUCUAGUCUGCACUUUGGGUUUUUAACUCAUCUUUAGAGCAACAUUAAUUAUUAUUUAACUCUUAACUGAAGAAGUCACAAUAAGGAAGAUUGGAGAAAUGCUUAUUUCUAGUGGGAGAAGACUGUGCAGCACAGGAACAGCAGUCUUGGUCAUUUGCAGCAGAAAGACCUUUCAAAUAGGAACAGUAAUGAAACUGCAGACUUGAUUCCAGCAGGUGUCGGAUCAAAUUUGGUGAUGGAGAAAGCGCUGUUUCCUGGCCUGCAUUACCCAACAUUUCCCUACCCUAAAGCACCAUCCCAGUAGUGUGUGGAAUUACAUUUCCCGUUCAUAGGUAUUGGAAGAGAAUUUUUUCUGUUGUCUAGAGUUCAUCAGUAAUAGUAUUCAGUUAGCAGACAGGUGUAAUAUGCUGUAUGAAUAUUUUAUAUUAAAAUAUGAAGUUUGAGAGCAGGCCAUUGGCUAGUGACUGUAUUUCGUAGCUCAGUGUUUUUUUUUUUAACCAUUUUACCUUGCGUUGGAGGACCUUAAAUGCUACUGAAACUUGCCUGAGAACCAUAAGACGGUGGCAAACAAAAUCAAUUCAAGAAAUGAAUUAUGAGAAUUUGAAAACUUGGCUGGGGCUGUAUGUAUUGGAAGUUGAGGUUAAAGGAGAAGCACAAGACACUGUUUGGAAGCACUUUUUCUGCCGCCUGGAUGAAUUUUGUGGGCCCACAGGUACCUGGAUCAAGCUGAACUGGUACCAGCUACUCUUUUGAAAACUGUUUUAGAUAUUGGAUCAGUGGAAAAAUAAUAAUAAAGCAAGCUGUACUGACAACAUCUAGUAUUUAUAAAUUUAUAAGGCUGCUGCUUAUUUUCAACCCAAAUCAGUGGGCCAGAGUAAUGUUUGUUUUAAAAGUGUCAAAUAUAAAAAUGGUGAUAAUUACGUUUGACA